UUCCCACAGAGUCUUGAUGGAGACGCAUUGUCAGUGAUUGAAAAUCCAGUGGCCGUCACUCAUCCCUUUCACUCGGAGACAACAGCAGGGGUCGCGGCAAGCAAAGGGGUGCAGGGCUGGUUAAAGGGCACUCGGUACACAACUCACGCUCAUAGGCUGGUGAGGCUGCUGGCAGCGGUGUGCGCAGUCGGACUCCUGGGAGGCUUACUAGUAGGUGUCUGGUUUCUAGUCAAACUUCUGCUGAGGCCAUCCUCUUCCCAAACCGCGGUCGGGCUUGGAGAUACAAAGGAGACAUCUUUCUGCAACGUGACUGAUGACGUCUCCGUCUCCCACCCACGAAAAGUGUUUUACAGAAUCAGCCCGGAGAACUCCCUACUGGAGAUCCAGCUGGGAAAGCUGCACACCUGGCUGCCGGUGUGCUCCGAGAGGUGGAACUCAUCGUUAGGAACACUGGUCUGCAGGCAGCUGGGCUAUCUGAGACUGACCAGGCAUAAAGGAGUGAAUCUCACAGACGUUGGGCCAAACUACACGGAUGGUUUCAUUCAAAUUACCUUAAAACAGAAGAGCAGCUUAGAAAACAUGUGGCACUUCAGGGAGAGCUGCAUCACAGGGAAGGUUAUCGCUUUGCAGUGUUUUGAGUGUGGGGCCCGAGCGAAGCUGCCCAGGAUAGUAGGAGGCGUUGAGGCCCCGCUGGGCAGGUGGCCCUGGCAGGUCAGCCUCUAUUACAGCAACCGUCACACCUGCGGAGGGUCCAUCAUCACCAGUCAAUGGAUAGUAACAGCAGCCCACUGUGUGCACAACUACAGGCUACCUCAGGUGUCCAGCUGGGUGGUCUAUGCGGGCAUUGUGACUCGUAGUUCGGCGAAAAUCGCUCAGCACGCGGGCUACGUGGUGGAGAAGAUCAUCUACAACGAGAACUACAACCACAGGAGCCACGACAGCGACAUAGCGCUGAUGAAGCUGCAAAGACCCCUCAAUUUCUCAGACACAAUUAGACCCAUCUGCUUGCCGCCGUACGACUAUGAUCUCCCAGGUGGCACGCAGUGCUGGAUCUCUGGAUGGGGAUACACACGGCCCGACGGCGUUCAUUCGCCCGACACCCUGAAAGAAGCCCCAGUUCCUAUAAUAAGCACAAAGAAAUGCAACAGCUCCUGCAUGUACAACGGGGAUAUCACUCCACGGAUGCUCUGUGCCGGGUACACGGAAGGAAAAGUGGACGCAUGUCAGGGGGACAGCGGGGGGCCUCUUGUUUGCCAGGAUAAAAAUUUGUGGAGGCUUGCAGGAGUCGUUAGUUGGGGAACGGGCUGCGCUGAGCCGAACCAUCCCGGGGUUUACAGCAAAGUGGCUGAAUUCUUGGACUGGAUCUAUGACAUGAUUGAGAAUUACUGAGAACAAGAAAAGCAAAAACAGAAGAGGAUUCUGCUGAUUCAUUUGGGAUAGUGGAGAACUAUGGCUGUGUUUUAUUUAUACUUUAAAUGUCAGUUAGCUGACCUACACAUAAAGAGAGUGAAAAUAUAAACAUACAUGUUAUAUCUUUUAUGUACCGAGUAUAAAUUGUACCCCUCUAAAAGCAAUGUCUUG